AUGUCUUCUGCAUUUCAUAUUCAUAUAGGAGGGGCUGGAGUAAUGAUUGGUGAUAUGUUAUGGUAACUAUAUGAAAAAGAAUACAAUGAAACUAAUCAAAAGAAUUAUAUUUAUAAUGAAGUCGAUGGGAAUCAUUAUCCAUUAGCACUUUUCGUAGACACAGAUGACAGAAUGAUACACGAAGUCUAAAGGAACAAAUCAGUCAAAUUUAAGAAGCAUUCAUUUUUACACGGGAAAGAGGAUGCAUUAACUUAUGCUCGAGGUUGUUAUGAUGGUGGAAGAUUGAUUUAAGAUGAAGCAUUAGAAUGUAUUCGAAAACAAAUAGAAACCAUGGAUCGAUUAGAUGAAUUUGUGAUUACAAGUUCAAUAAGUGGAGGAACUGGGUCUGGAUUUUGUACUAGGUUAGUUGCUGAGUUGAAUUGGCAAGGUGGAUACAGGGAAGUAAGAAAAAAUGGAUUUAUAAUUUUCCCAUCUUCAGAGAUGUCCAAUAAUAUUAUUGAUACGUAUAAUGCUGUGUUAUCGAUUAAUAUUAUGAGAGAAUAUUUAACAAGUAUUACAAUAUUUGACAAUUAGUCAAUGUACAAUGUUAUUGAUCAUCAAUUAGGUUUAGACUUUGUUGAUUAUUAACAUUUAAACAACUUAGUUGCUCAAAUAAUUAGUUCGUACACAGGACUAAGAAGAUUUAACUCAGAAGAUAACUCCGAAUUUUUUUCAAAUAUGUGCCCUUAUCCUCAUUUACAAUUUAUUAUUCCAUCCUAUGGUAAACUGACUUUAAUGAAUGAUUACAAUAGAAAAGAAUUAGAAAGCAAAUAAUUUAUUUAAUAUCUAACAACAAAGGACUAAAAACUUUAUCAAUGUCCUUCUAAUCCUAAUCAUAUUUUAACUACUUUAUUAUUGAGAUAGCAAUAUUUGAACCCUUUCUUUGGUAAAUUGGAUAUAAUUCAUAAGAAUUUAGAUUAUUUCUUUGGCUACAGAUCAGAUAUUUUUCAAUGUAAAUCAUCUAAUUACUAAGUAUUACCUGAACUUGCAGAGAUGAAACAAACUGGAACUUUUUUUUCAAAUGAUGCUUCAAUUGUUAGUAGAUUAUAAGCAUUAUUAGACAAAUUUUAUAAAUUUAAAAAAAGACAAGCCUACACAGAUACCUAUCUUAAAGAAGGAAUGGAAAACAGGGAAUUUUCUGAGGCCGAAGAAAGACUGUCUAGUUUAAUAAUAGAUUAUGACGAAUUUAGAAACUUUGAAUAAUAUAUAAAUAGAGACCUUAAGCAAGAUGAGUUGUGA